AUGUUGGAUCUUGGGAAGUGUCAUGAGCGUCGAUCUGCCAUUGUUGCGCGUGAACUUGCGCGUUAUGACAUCGAUGUUGCUGCGCUCAGCGAGACAAAAAUCUCUGCAGUAACACAGUUUGAGGAGAGAGGUGCUGGUUACACCUUCUUUUGCCAAGGUCAUCCUGCAGGUGAGGUGCGUACUGGUGGAGUGGGCUUUGCCAUUCGUAGCACACUCCUGAAAUCUGUACAUGAGUUGUUUGUCUUGGGUGAUUUUAACGCCUGUGUGGGUAAAGACCACAUCUUGUGGCCAAAAGUGCUUGGACGAAAUGGAGUUGGUAGGGAAAAUUCAAAUGGAACCAUGCUCCUCGAAUUUUGUACAGAGCACAAUCUUGUGGUGACAAAUACAGUCUUCCAAAAGGCUGACAGGAAGAAGACUAGCUGGAAACAUCCACGUUCAGGACACUGGCAUCUCAUCGACUACAUACUUAUCAGACAACGCGAUCUUAGUCUCGCUCGUCUAACUAAAGCGGUGCGAGCAUCAACAAUGUGGUCAGAUCAUCGCCUCAUCAAGAUGUCGGUGUUUCUUACUGUUAAACCACUAGUAUUUUUGGUAUAA